CCGCGCCGCGCCCCCAGCCCGAGUCUUCUGCGCGCCGCCUGAGGAUCUCAUGUGGCGGCUCUUCUCCCGGGCGGCGGCCCGGGGCCGGCGAGGAGGCGCCGGCGGGCGCUGGAAGGGGCAGGAGGAGGCGGCGGCGGCGGCGGCGCCUCUUUUCCGGAGAAGCGGCUGCGGCCUGGCGCUCCUCCUGGGCCGGCCGGAUGUGCAGCCGCAUUGUUUAUAUGGCGUUCUCAUAGUCAAAGCCAAGAGUGCUCAACUGCAAUGCGUAAGAAGUGCAGGAACUCGAAUUGACAAAAGCUCAAUAGAUGAAACUAUGUAUGAAAAACUUGCUGAAGAAACCCUGGAGUCAUUAACAGAUUUCUUUGAGGAGCUGGCAGACAAGCCCUUUACUCCUCAAGAUUAUGAUGUCUCAUUUUCGACUGGAGUAUUAACAGUUAAAUUGGGUGGAAGCAUGGGAACAUAUGUGAUCAACAAACAGACACCAAACAAACAGAUAUGGCUGUCCUCUCCAAGCAGAUAAAGAUGGCGCCCUGCCAAAGUGCAUCUUGGUGCAUCUCCAAAAUCCAAUUUCUCUUACAUUCCAAGAUAACAACCUUCUCUUCUUCUCACCAAAUACUGUAUUGGCCUGAAUAUAAGCCUCACUUCCCCCCCAAAUUCCGACCGUAAAAAGUAAAAGUGUGGCUUAUAUUCGCAACCUUACAGUAUGCAGCCACGAGUGUGGGGCAAACAGCGUCAGGAAAGCAGUGCCCGCCCUGUGUGUAAUCUCCAUCCGCACUGACCCCUCUUGCUCUCCUGGCUUCAGCGAAAGCAACGCGAAGCCUCCGGAGCGCAGCGGGGCAGCUUGGAUUUUCAGAAGACAUUUGGCAGCUCUGGCUAGUAACAACUCUCAGUCUGAAAAUGGAACUAUGCUUCUGACUAUUUUUACAGAUUAUGAACUAUGCCAAUUCUGCUGUUCUUUAGAAUGGUCUCUCCAAGCAUGCAAAAAUAAAACAAGAGGUAAGAAAAAGGAAGAACCAAUGAGAAUAGUUUUUAAAAAUAAACUUUUGAUGGACAGGUCUGGCCUUUAA